AUGGAGCUCCUAGGCGACAUACAGAAUUCCACGGAGCACAUUCGCAGUGACAUGGGGAAGCUUCUCGAAGCGUUCCGAGAGCAGAGCAAGAAAUACGAGAAGGAUCAAGGAGGUUCGUCAGAAAGACAGCACAGACAGCCCCCAUCAGCGAGGCGCAUUAGAAAUGGACUACCGAAAGUUGAAGGGGAUAUCCACAAAUAUCAUGCUCUCAAAGAGACGUUGGUGGAAAAUACAUGCUCCUGGAUAUUCUCGGAUCCAAAGUGGAAUGAGUGGAUGAAUUACGUUGAAUCCAAAGGGUUUUGGCCUAUUCUGGCCCUCAGUGGCGAGGCUGGCAUGGGCAAGAGCCACCUCGCUGCCUCUAUAUAUGACAAGUUAUGA